AUGCGACCUCACCUCAAACCACAACAUGCCCUCCCAUUUACAGCCAUAGACCCUACCACUUCGUUGAUAAUUUUCGGUCCAAUCCUGGCUAUAUUAAUUCUUGCCUACGCAGCAGCAUGCAUUCAAUACAUCAUCGUUAAAUCCAGCCUUUGGCAGCUCCGUCGCGAGAUCAAAUCGGCGACCCAAUAUAUCAGUACCUGCUUGCAACGCUUCAGCGACAAAGCCCUUGACCAAGUCAAGAUCGUCGACCAGCUUGAGGCUGUGAAGAACAAGUGCCUAAACCAGAACGACGUGGUAAUGAAGUUCAGAGAGAAGCUCUUCAUUAUGAAACAAGAGAACAAGGCCAUCCGGCGUGAGCUGGUCAUACUCGAAAUAUCAAGGCGCGCGGGCGAGCGAUCGAAGCCUGGCGGUCAGUCAAUAUCCUAUAUCGUUGAUCUGCAGCUUUACUGA